CCAAAAUGUCAGACAUCGACUAAGUGCGAUCGUUGUUCUCUCUUUGUUUAUAAUUAAGGUACUCGUUACAUUGGUGAAAAGAUAUUUAUCCCCUGUACACACCACCACACACAAUGCUGAAGGAAGUAGGUAAAGGACUGCUAGUGUUGAUGUCCUCAGCUAUUGCCGUGCCCUACGCUGUAGCAGCUAUCUGUAAUGUUUUGUACGCUGGUCCUCACACAAGGAAAAAAUUGAAACGAGCAUUUCAUCCCAGAAGAGUCUUCUAUCUCAACUACCGAGUGUUACUCAAAUUAUUAGAUAUUCAACACUUGCCAGUGUUGAUUAAGUGGAAAUGGUUUUACACCUAUGCUGACAGAUACAGAUUGCUGAAGGAUAUUCCAUAUGGGCGUAAUGACAGGUCCCUCGACCUGUAUUUCCCUCUGAACUCCAACAGCCGCAACCUGAAGCCAGUGGUGGUGUUUGUGUAUGGUGGUACCUGGUCAUCUGGGGAUAAGAGUAUGUAUGGCUUACUCUGCUCCCAGGUGGCUGAUGCUCUACAGGCCAUCGUCUGCUGCCCUAACUAUUCCCUCUACCCUCAGGGUUAUGUAGACGAUAUGAUACAAGACAUAGUGGAUUGUAUGGCUUGGAUUUAUGAAAACAUUCAUGACCAUGGCGGAAAUAAGGAUAAAGUCAUUCUAAUGGGCCACUCUGCAGGGGCUCACCUAGCUGUGAUGGCUGUCUUAGAGUUACUUCAUGAUGAGUGGGUUCACGGCAUCCGCAUUGAACCUCCCCAGUCUGACAGCAUGGAACUGGAUGAACAGUACUUUGAUGGGAGCAAUGGAGAGAAUGAUGCGAAGCCAGCAAGUUCAGAAGGCUCUUCAGCUUCUUUCGAUGUUCUUAAUGGUAACAGUAACAGUGAUGCUAAAGGAAAUGGCAUGAGUUUAGAGGGCAGCUCUAGUUCCUUUGUCUUACUGGGCCAGGAGGAGUCUGGCAGGGAUCAGCGUGAGUUAGGUCGGAUAGACAGCGAGACAUCUGACUCCAUUGAGGUGCUGGAUAUGGAGAACCUGACAGAGUCUGACUCUGAGGAGUGGAGGAGUAGCUCUGGGGAGAGGACAUCCGGUGACUCUGGUCCCUCCAUGGAGGAUGAGGAGGGUGGUGAGGAGGAAGAGGAGGAUGACAUGUCAAACAAAGAUGAAGAGGACUCGGUGAUAACUGUCAGGCCUCGUGUCAUUGACAGACAGCCCACACUCAUGGACCUGGGCAAGUGUGUGCGAGGGAUCAUUGGUUUAGCCGGAGUGUAUGAUAUUGGGGAGCAUUAUGAGUACGAGAGAUGCUGGGGUGUGGAGGAUAUCUCAGCCAUGUCUCGAGCCAUGUAUGGAGAAGAACAUUUUGACAGAUUCUCCCCAGCACUUAUUGUCAAGAAUCUCACAAGGAGUGUCAAGUUGCCAGCCAUAGUGUUAGCUCAUGGCUCUAGAGAUCAAACUGUGCCAGUACAAUCCAGCUCGAGUUUCGCGGAGGCCUUAACUGAUAUAUUUGCCGAUGUUACGUUAAGGAUUAUUCCUGAUUGCAAUCACUAUGAUGUUUGUCUGGACUUGAUGGAGCAAGGACGGAAACAUCACGACACUGUCAUGAACAUUAUUCUGGAAACCAGACAAAAAAUUCUUUGACAUAAUGUGACCGUAGCAUGCCGUUGUACAGAUGUGUGAUAAGUAAAUUAAUUUGUUCUUGUCAUUAAGGAAGUACUUGUAUAUGCGUAUUCUGGUGCAGGUCUAAGUGAGGAGCAGUACUUCAUGCCUUUGUCACACAUAUCUGCAGAAUAUACAUAGUCAUGGUAACAUCAGUGUUGUUAAGCAGUCAGUAACUUAGUGAAGGGGGACUGUGUGGUAGACGUUUAUGGAGGUACAUUCCACUACUUUGUUGUCUUCUUAUUCGGAGUGAUCGGAAAAUUGAACAAAAAAAUGUAUCACAAUAUAAAGUAAGAGAUUGGAGGCUUUGUUAGGGAAAGACCAGGAGUUUGCGUACAUCAUCUGGAGUUGUUGUGAAUACACACCUGAUAUUGUAUAUGCAUAAUAAUUACCUGUACUGUACUGUACCUGUAGAAGACUGGUGUAAAGGUCAAUUGAUUACGAGCCAUCAUUGUUUUCAAAGCCGAACGAAGGGAGAUAACCUAGUCAACAGAUGUAUAUGGUGUCGGCUGCAGGACACAGGAAUAUACUUGUCCCAUAAGUGACAGUGGGUGUCCAGUGGAAACCAGAGUAUUUUACCUGAUGCAGGAUAAUUGCAUAUACAUGAGGACGAGUGACAUCUGGACACCUCUUAGCCUUCCUUUGAUACUUACAAACUCUAACAGUUGACGUGACAUGUCAUGAGGUAAAAGUAAGUGUUCAGAAUAGUGAAAUGUAACUUAAAGUAGGGUAGGAUGAUGGUAGUGGUUGUUAAUGUCAUUUGAGUACAUGUACUUUUAAUUGUGCUCACAAAUGAUACUGAAAAAUGACAAAACUUAUUGUGUUCUCAGUUUAUAAUAGAACAUUUUCCUAAACUAAGGAGCAUUAUUUUAUUUUAUUUUUAUCAAGUAGACUAUCGACUAUAUAUGAUAUCAUGCUGUAAUGAUGUGCUUUUAUUUAAUGGACAAGAUAACACAAAAAUUUGAAAAAAAGUUAGCAUCAUGAGAAAUGCCAUUUAAACUGUCUCUAAAAAUAUGUUACCAAACUUUCAGUGCGAUUUAUGCACUUUUGUGAAUUUGAGUUUGGAGAUAAAACUACAUUGGUUGAGUUGCCCAAUUCCAGGGCUUCACAAAAAGUAUAAUUUUAUCUGUCUACACAGAAUAAUGGCAUCAGGAUAUGCUUGAUUGAAUAAACAUCUUGCAGGUAUUAAAAAGGUUGAAGAAUUUUUUUUAUUUUACAUUUUUUCACUGAAUUUCUUGGAGUCAGAUGUUCAAAUUGCCAAGUGCACUAAUGUCACAUCACUGUUUUUAUUCAUUCUUCUACUGGUGAAUCUUUUGAGAACAUUAUCUACAUUGUAGAUAAUCUUUCAGCCUUGGGUAAUAAGAGUUAUUCCAAUAUUAAAAGCUGUGUUUAGAGUGGGGAAAACUUCUUGUAACAUCAGUGUACUUAAGCACCAUUUACAUGAUUCAUAUAGAUUGUAUUUAUCUGUCUUAAACAUUAAGAAACAAAACUAUACACAUUAGUGAAAGUAAUUUUACACAAAGCUUUCAGCUGUGCAUCUGUUGAGCCUCACUGCAUUUUUUUUAGCUUUCUAUCACUUUAAUACUUUUCCAGACAUUUGGGCUGGAAAGGUGACUCAUUGCAAUACUUUUGUAAUCCCUCCUUGGCAUUUGCAUGCUUGAGUGAAUUUAUAAACAUGAGGGUACAAAAGUGCUAUGUACCAGGCCUUGCUUGUACAUGUAGCAUUAAGAUACAUUAUAACUGUAAUGUUGUUACAAUGAUCACAUACAGAGUAUGAAUGUGAUUAAUCCCACAACAUGCAAGGUCAUAGUAGUUAAGAUGAUGAUAACUAUGUUGGCCUUGUAGCAGCAAUGUAGCCACAUGGUAAUAUACCACACUGUGGCAGUGGCUGUGGCCAAGUCCCCCUGUGACUGGAUCUGGUAAACAGACCUGAUAGACUGAAGACUCACUGCUAAUUCGCUGUCCCAAAGUCCAAAGUUAUUUUCUAUUGAUUCAUAUUGGUAAAGUUUUUGUAUUUAACUGUGUAUGGGCAAAAGAUUUUGAAACACAGGGUAGUCAUGCACAGGCAGUUAGUGAUAUCGUUUGACAUGAUGUAGGGGGCAUGAUUGCUCGAUGCAUAGGUCAAGAGGGCAUGCCUUGACCUUGACAACUACAUGUGUAUGUCUCACCGUAGCAUUUCGGAGAUAAUCAUGGAAGUGUAGAAUUAAUAUCUCAUCACUCGUAUCAAUACACAGUUUAAUAGUGUGAUCUAUAUAAAACCUUAUCAAAUCAAAGUUUUCUCUCUAUCACAAUUAUGAAGGCGUGUUGGAACUUGUGUAAAAUACACAUGUGUUUUCAUACUUAGGAGUGUGCUGUCAUGUAUCCUGAUGACUUCAGGUGAAAAAGUCUCCCCCAGUAGUUCCAAGAGCUAAUUGAUCAGUAAUCUGCUGUUAUCAUUAGUCAUCAAACUGCAUCAUCUUUUUGGUUGUGAUCUGAUUUAAUUUCUAAUUGUAUCCUUUAGAAAUCUGUGCAUAUUACCAAAGACUACACGUGAAUGUGUUACUAUGAAAAUAUUUUGGAUAAACUAAAUUUUCUACUAAAUCAUUUCAGUCCUUAACAACAUAGUGUAGUGUAAUGACAACCAAGAAACUAGGUCAGCGUUUUUUUAUAGACCCUACAUAAGAACACAUUUGUGUAACUGACUUAGGAUGUUUCUGGUAUGUUGCCAUGGUAAUUACAUGAAUGUAACAUUGCUUACUGUAUGUGAAAUGACGGACAUGACAAGAGGCUCUCCCAGAAAAAGUACAGAAAAAUGUAACUUACAGUGGAAUACAGGCAAUGGACAUGGGUGACAUUAAGUAGGUGAUGAUGCUUAUCGGGCCAUCUGCGCACCCUAACAGUUGUUGACGACUGCUUAUCUUCCACGGGUAUGGUGCAUAUAUCUGCAUGUCAUACAUGGGAAAGUUUGUCAGUAUAAACAUGCCAUAGGUUUACACCACUCCGGUUUUCACCACCUAUAAAAAUGACUGACUGAAAUUUCUUGAGAAUUAAAAAAAAAAAUUCAGACAUGUCCUCAGAUCCUUCACAAUUGAUGGCCAUUGCUAACGUCAUUCUUAGUUUUCCUGUAACCCAACAUGUGGGCCUGCCCAUGAUAUUGAAGAUGAUAUCAUCUAAAACAUGGCAUUAAAAAAAAAAGGAGAGAGAGUGAGAGAAAAGCUCUUGUACUUCUUUUGUGAUGUUAUGUGAUCAUUACGAAUACUGUCUUGAAGUGUUUAAGUGAUAAAUGCAUCUUUAGGAUUUUUACUUUCAUCAGUUGAAAGUUUAAUUUAAAAAAAUGCCCGAAAAGUAAUAUCAGCAAAAAUGUGCCAUCAUAAAUCACAUAAUUUUGUGAAAAGUACGUUAAUAAAUGGAAAGUAAUUUGUAAUCCUUGAAAAGGAAAAGCUAUGGGGAUAACUCUCAGAGAAAUGGUAGAUAUAGAAUGUUGUGAAUAGUAGUUACAUUUUAUAUAUUUUAAGGCAAGUGUAUACACAUGUGUAAUUAUUAACUGUAAAAAGUAUAUUUCCUAUUGUCUACAUAACAUUUUCACUUAAGAUUUAAUGACUUACUUUUUUAUUUGUUAAUUUUCUUUACCCAGUUCUAGGUGCUAUUCUGAUCAAUGUAUUGUUUUCGCUGAAAGCCAUGCAUUUUACAAUUUUUGUCAGGAAAUUUGUACCGAAGUUGCACAACACUGGAAAAUAAACAUGGCCCAUAGUUUGCUAUGUGAAAAUCCGAUAACACUUUCUCCCCUCUUGCAGAGGAUGGUAAGCCUAUCCCUUUCUUUGAUUCUGUAGCAGGUUUGUAUGCAAUCUG